AUGUCGAGAUCAAAGUCAUCCACCAUGGCCUCGCAAGUCGGUCCCACCCCCCCUUCGGCCUCCUUGCCCUCCAAGUCUCGGGCAAAGGGCGGCAAGGACGGGACGGGCAGUCGGUACCACGCCAUCUUUCUGGCGGGCACGACGGCGCUCAGCAUCCUCCUCAUCCUCAUCGGCGGCGGUCACUUCCUCGGCAACCUCUCGGACGACGCCAAGAACCUGCACCACGACUUUGUACCCGACCUGCCUUACCUUACGGGAUGGAGAGACGAGAAUGGAGAGUUUUUUGGCCUUCAUCGUCUCAAGAAGGCUCCGAUUCAUUACGGUGGCCUGCACAUCGUCCCGGCGAUCAUCUGGUGCCUCUUCAUCCCCUUCCAGCACGUUGCCACGAUCCGACGACGGUACCCCGCCGCGCACCGGUGGAUGGGACGAUCGAUCCUCCUCUCCAACCUGGUUCUCUGCCUAUCCGGUCUGGCAAUGGCCCCGCGCAACCUGUCGUAUACGCACCGCAACGUGUGGCACCUUCAUGGCGGCGUCAUCCCGACCUUUGAGGCGGGUACGACGCUCAUCGCCCUCGUCCAGCUCCUCACGAUAGCCCCGACCUACCGCACCGCCGCGGCGAGGAGGUGGAAGGCGCAUCAGCUCUGGGCGCGCCGUCAUACCCUCGCCGGUGCCGUCAUCUCGUUGCAGCGCGUCUGCAUGGGCAUCAUUAUGGCGUAUGGCCUCCUCGUCUCCCGUCUCGACAAACGGACGCAGACGGAGUGGUUUGGCGUUCCACGCACCCGCGCCGAGAUGUACGAGGGCGAGCGAGCGGCUAUGGCCGUCUCGGCUUGGAUGUCCUUCGUCUUUGGCCUCGCCUGGUGGUACUACGACGAGAAGGUCCGCAGCCACCCCGUCGCCUCGUCGGCCCCGCCGUCGUUCAAGACCGACAAGGCAAAGGUGGACAAGCAGUGA